AACACAAGCAAGAAAAGAGACUCCGUCCCUUCCAACAUGAUGCCGGAGGAAGACGAAGAAAUGGGCCCCGGUCGGGGUAGUGGUGCUGACGAUAGUGGCGGUCAUCAGCCCGAACAUCAACCACUUGGCCAGAAACAUACCACCAGUCGCAGUGCAUCAGAGCGUAGUAGUUAUUAUUCGAGCACCGGAAGUCGGGAUCGUGGUGAUUACCAUCGUUCUGGGCGCGAUCGCGACCGAAGUCACCGUGAGUCGCGAGAUCAUCGUGAUCGGAACCACCGCGAUCGAGACCACGGCGGCAGUGGUCGACAUCGGGAACAUUAUCGUGACCGGGAACGAGACGAUUAUCGAGACCGCCGCGAUAGACGUAGCCGGUCGCGAUCGAAAGAAUCGCGGUCGCGGGAUCGUGAUCGAGACCGGCAUCGGUCGCAGCGGGCUGAUGAUCGUGGGUCUCGUGAUGAUGCGUCCCGUACUGAGCGCACGGUACAGGAUCGUCUAUCGGCAGAAAUUGAGCAAGAGCUGGCAAAUCUUCGCCGGCAGCACGAUAUGAAGGAAGCAUUAAAGAAGCUACAGCAACACGAUGAAGACGAUAAGAAAGCGUCCCACAGUGGGAAGGACAGCCAGGAUGAAUCGAAACCUUCGAAUAGCCGUCAAAGACCGGCCUUAGUUGGAAUACAUUCCCGGCACUUUGGAAAGCAGAAUUCAUCCAGCUUUUUGCCAAAAAAUGCGCCCGCUCAACCGGUGGAGUAUGUGCCAGAAAUUCAAACCGAAGAGGAACGUAUCGAAUUUCAGCGCAAAAUGCAGGAAAAGCUACAGCAACAUCUUGCUGCGGAGGGCAAACUGUAUCCACCCCCAGCAAAGCCGCAGCGCGAUACGCCAGCUCCUCCGGUGGUGAUGACAGGAUUCGCGAACGAUGGUUCAUUCUUGGAGAUGUUCAAAAAGCUACAACAGCAAGCCGCCACCGGAGGAAGCAGUGUUGCAACAGUGGCCGCACCAAUGUUACAUCCGGCUGUUGGAACCGUUGCUGCUGCGGCAAGCGUUAAACCUAUGAUGGUUCCAGUGGCACUAACAAAAAUGCCAAUUGCCGUACAGAAACCAGUCUCGUUUAGCGCAAUAUCCGCACCUACGGCCGUCACGCAGAUUGUGAAACCGUCUGCAAUAGACAAGGAACCACCACCCCCACCGUUGCCAGUUUUUGGGCGAAGACGUGGCGGCAAGAUCCUAAAGACUGGACUCGUGAAGAAAGUCCGCCCGAUCGAGGAAUCUUCGGCGGAAGCGCCGAACGACGCCUGGACGCUGUAUCUACAGGAGGUGAAGAAGUACAAGAGUGCUUCUUGCGAUGCGGACUCGAAAACGCGUCCUCUGGUCAAAUAAGCUCAAGUCGCGGA